AUGGCGCGCCUCCUGCUCCUGCUGGACCUCCUGCUCCUGCUGGGCCUGGGCUGGCUGGGCCGGGCCGGCGAGGUGCAGAUGGACUGCGGUUCUGAAAGGCUCAACGUGCAAGUCACAGUUCCCGAGAAAAUACAGUCAAUAGAAGGCGAAGGAUAUGCGACACAUAUAUCCUACAGCAUUAUGAUUGAAGGGAAAACAUACACUAUGCACCUAAAGCAAAAACCUUUUUUACCCAGCAGUUUUAAAGUUUAUAGUUACGACGGUUCGGGAAUUAUGACGCCUCUUGAUGAAGAUAUUGAGAGCUCCUGCCACUACCAAGGAUAUUUGGAGGGGUACCCCAACUCCAUGGCGACGCUUAGCACGUGCACCGGGCUCAGGGGCAUCCUGCAGUUUGGAAACAUUAGCUACGGAAUUGAACCUCUGGAGUCUGCGCUUGGUUUUGAGCACGUCAUUUAUCAACUACAGCACAAGAGAACGAGUGUUUCUUUAUAUGCCGAGAAGGAGUUUGAGUUACGAGAUCUGCCCUAUGAAGUGCAAAGAAUAGAGGCACAAAAAGAUCUCCCUCACUAUAUAGAAAUGCAUAUUGUUGUUGAAAAACGACUGUACGAUCACAUGGGUUCUGACACAACCAUUGUCACCGAAAAAAUUUUCCAGUUGAUUGUAUUGACGAAUGCUAUUUUUGCUUCCAUUAAUCUCAACAUAAUUUUGUCUUCACUGGAAUUUUGGACAGAUGAAAACAAAAUUUCAACCUCAGGAAAUGCUAAUGAGUUAUUGCACAAGUUUUUAAAAUGGAAACGAUCUUUCCUUGUUUUGCGUCCUCAUGACAUGGCAUUUUUACUCAUUUACAAAGAAGCAUCUAAUUAUAUUGGUGCCACCAUUCAAGGGAAGAUGUGUGACAAAAACUUUGCAGGAGGUGUUGUUCUGCACCCCAGAAUCAUAAGUCUGGAAUCACUUGCUAUUAUUUUAGUUCAGUUACUGAGCUUCAGCAUGGGUAUUUCUUACGAUGAUUUGAGCAAGUGUCGCUGCCCGGGAACUGUCUGCAUAAUGAACCCAGAAGCAAUCCAUGCCAGUGGCACCAAGACCUUCAGCAACUGCAGCCUGGAAGAUUAUGCGCUCUUUCUGGCAAGUCCCAUGUCCCAUUGUCUCCAGAACCAGCCGCACCUACAGCCGUCGUAUAAGACAGAUGCAGUGUGUGGGAACAGUGUCGUAGAGAAAGGAGAGGCCUGUGACUGCGGGUCUGAGGCGGAGUGUAAAGCCAAACCAUUUCAGUGUUGCAAUUUUCAAACCUGUACACUGGCAUCUGGUAUGGAAUGCGACACAGGACCCUGCUGUGCAAAUUGUCAUUUUAGACAAAAAGGAACUAUGUGCAGGCCUGCCCUGGAGGAGUGUGACCUCCCAGAGUUCUGCAACGGCUCAUCUGCAUCCUGCCAAGAGAACUUCUAUAUCCAUGACGGACACCCGUGUGGACACAAUAUGUGGAUAUGUGUGCAAGGGACAUGCAGGAACGGGGAGAGGCAAUGCCAGGACCUGUUUGGACAAGAAGCAGGUUUUGGUAGUGACCAAUGUUUUGAAGAAAUGAAUUCUAGGACAGAUAUAUCUGGAAACUGUGGCAUCGAGGAUUCAGUAUACCAAGCGUGUGCACCUAACAAUCGGAAGUGUGGAAAAAUAGUAUGUAGAUAUAGAGGGAGUGAGGUUCUUAAACUACGAGAUGCCAUUACUGUGUACAUCAACGCCAGCGGACAAGUCUGUGUCUCCCUGGAGUUUCCAGAGAAUCAUAAUGAAUGGCAGAAAAUGUGGGUGAAUAAUGGAACGAUCUGUAAUGCACAAAAGGUUUGCAGGAAUAAGGAAUGUGUAGAAAAUUCAUAUUUGAAUUAUGACUGCACACCACAAAAUUGCAACAAUCGUGGUGUAUGCAAUAACAAGAAGAACUGUCACUGCGAGGCCAGGUACUUGCCCCCGGACUGCGCAAAUACAAAUGAGGACUGGCCAGGCGGGAGCAUCAACAGUGGCAAUCACCCAAUGGAGAGUACCAUCUCUGGAAGGCAGUAUUUUGAGAGUGUUUACCAUCCCAAACCUCCCAGGUGGCCAUUUUUCUUGAUCAUUCCAUUUUUCAUUAUUCUCUGCAUCUUGAUCGUGAUGCUGGUGAAACUUUACUUCCAAAGGAAAAAUUGGAAAACUGAUGACUACCUAAGUGAUGAGCAAAUUGGGAGUGAAAGUGAAACCAGAGAGUAGCCUGGAAGAGGCACCGGCAUGUUCACAAGCAACUACGGUCAACGCACAGAGGAAAGCGGAGGCCGAUCGCAGGCACCCCCAGGUUUACCAGGAGUCAGACUUACCUACCGUGGUUUCCAUCUGUGCAGAGAUGCAUACCAUUUACAUAGAUAUGCCUAGCAUUUCACAAAGUACUUGUUUGUAAUAAGUGCAUGGCUAUGAGUUUUAUAUUACAUUUUUCUUGUUUUACAAUUUACCCACCCUAUUUGUAGUAGCCAGUAGGCGCUGUUUCUGUGAGCUAGUACCCAUGUUUUG